AUGCAAAUCUUCAAAACACUCACAACUGCACUCGCCGUUUUAGCUAGCAUGACAAGCGUAGUUCUCUCCAAGCCCUUGGCUACCUCGCAGGCACUUCAAAAAAGAGCUCCUCCCACUUCAGCUGAUAUUGACUCCAUUUUGACAGCUCACAACGUUGUCCGUGCUAAACAUAAUGCACCUCCCCUUAAAUGGAAUCAGGAGUUGGGUGACUUUGCCUACGGCUGGGCAUCAAAGUGUAGCAUUGCUCAUAGCCAAGCAAGCUACGGCGAGAAUAUUGCUUGGCGUACCAAAGACUGGACACAAACCGUCAACGCUUGGUACAGUGAAGUAUCUGCUUACAAUUACUCCAAUCCUGGAUUCUCUACAAAAACUGGGCAUUUUACCCAAGUUGUUUGGAAGAACACAAAGACUAUAGGCUGUGGCGCUUCUUACUGCGAUAACAUCCAGGGCGUAUAUUAUGUUUGCGAGUACUUUCCUAGAGGCAAUGUCCUUUAUGGUGGAGCAGAUCCCGCCAUUUUCUUCAGGACCAAUGUUACAGCCCCUGCUUAA